AUGCUUGCUAUUAAGACUGGUAAAAAGUCUUCCGGCUAUUCUUCUAUCUUCUAUCAGUUAGCUCGUAAUGUUUGGGAAUCCACCCUUCUCCAACUUGGUCUUCCAGAACGUCAGAUUCGUAUCGUUGAGCCAGUUCUUGGUCGACCCGUCUUCCUUCACAUGGUGCAGGGUAGCAUAACCAUCCGAGAAAGCGUUCCUAUGCGUCGUAGCCAAGAUGCUCCUGGUUUCUAA